AUGGUCAAGCGGGACUUCACUUGGACGUCGGAACGGCAAGCGGUGACGGUAUGGACAGCUGUGGCGCCUGCGAUUGCGGCGAUCGUUGCUGCUCUACUCGUGUUGGGAUUGAGCGUCAAAGUAUAUCGCAACCCCCACACGCGCGGAUCCUUGAAGAGGCAGAGCCUGCAAGUCCUCAUGUCGGUCCAGGCUGCCAGCAUCAUCUACAGCGCGACAUACAUCGGCGAGAUGUUGAUCACGGGCCCUACGCACUGGUGCAACGCCUGCAUCGUCCUUACGCUAUGGGCGAGCAACUAUAUUGACUUCUGUGUGAUGUUGAUCCCGGUCAACCUUCAACUUGCGCUAGUCCACGGCGUUCGUACCGAAGGCUGGGCGCAAUGGUAUAUGGGUGGCUCCUUCCUCGCGGCAACCAUCAUAUCUAUUCCCGGAGCCGUCAAGGAUGUUUGGGGCUGGGAUCCUGAGUCCCUCAUCUGCUGGACAAAAAUCACCGAUGCAAGUCAGCGCAACGCGUGGCAGAUCGGCGCGUUUUACGCCUGGCAGCUGUUCACGAUGGCCGUUGCUUCGAUCUCGACGCUCGUCGUCAUCGCGCAUCUCUUUCGCUACGCGCGCACUAUGGAACACCGGAUCGUCGCCGCGCACUCCACAUCGACGGGCGGGCAGCAUAUUGUCCGCGCCGUCGCAUGGCGCGUGAUCGUGUACCCGCUCAUCCUCAUUUUCACAAAUUGUGUCUCGGCCGCUGGCAACUUCACGAUCACGUCAGCGGGGGGAAUUCUGUCUGAUACAACAUAUAACCUCUGGAUCGUAUCCGGCAUUCUAUAUGGAUUAAUGCCUCUUAGCUUCGCUCUCGUCACCCUUUUCGUUGACCCAUCCUUCAAUCACGCGAUCCGCGGCCUAGCAUUCAGCUGGUCGCCAAGCUCCUCCACUCGCACUUCUCGCAGCGUCCACACGCACCCCAAGCCUCCUACUACUAUCGAGAUUGAGCUCUCGCGAGUCGUUACCGUGCAUGAUGACAGUAAACAGCCCAUGUCUGCCUCUCCGACAGGCGCCUUACGCCCCGAUGCGGAAACACAGCCGCGCAAGACGUCGGACUCGGCGCCAUCCACUCGCUCUUCUGACGACCUCCCACACAAGAUGCCUUAUCCGGAUCCCGAGCUUGGCAUCCCGAAUUGCGAAAUAUCCACGCACGAUGGACAAGCCGACCUUUCGAUGGAUGUGCUGCGCGCUAUCUACUCGCCGCCGCCGACUCCGACCCCGCCGGACGUUCCGCUGUCCGACACAUCCCACCCUCGGACACGUCGGCAUUCUUUGUUCCCGCAUUCCGUCGUGAGCGCUGCUAUGCAACGCGGCCGCGAAGCACGGACACGACUCCGCAGCCACCUAAACCAAUUGUAA